AGUAGAAUGUAUUGCCUGCGGGGAUAAGGUCCCAACGAAGCAAAGCUUCCGUGCGCCAUGCGCUCAUCACUAUUGCCGGGAAUGCAUCGCGAAUUUCGCGAAGGCGUCCAUGAAAGACGAAACUCUGUAUCCCUUACAGUGCUGCCAGAUCAGAAUGCCAGCAAAGAAAGUCGAUCGACAAUUACCUAAACCACUGCAGACACAAUUCCGUGCCAAGACUGUGGAAUAUUCUGUCCCACCGGCUACACGAGUGUAUUGCGCAAAUCAGAAAUGUUCUGCGUUCUUGUGCUCUUCGGACACUCGGAAUCGCAAGGCGGAAAUGACUUGCCGUGUGUGUGGCACCACUAUAUGUCUCGCAUGCAAGAAUAGGAGACAUUCGGGAGAAGAAUGCUUAGAAGCAGGACUGCAAAGAGACUUGAAGAGACUCGCAGACGAUAAAAACUGGCAGUCGUGUCCUGGCUGCCGGGCGAUCGUCGAACGUACAGAUGGGUGUAGCCACAUCACGUGUCGCUGCUCCACCCACUUCUGCUAUCGAUGUGGAGCUCGCUGGCGAAAAUGCUUUUGCCACAGAGACUCGGCGGGGGAUCACUAAGUCCCCUGUCAUAGCGGGAAGACCAUGGUGAGGCAAAAUACCAGAUGUACUCUUGGCUUAAUCAUUGAUUUCAGUGUUGUCAGUCAAUUCAGUGCCAACGAUUCAGAUGAUAAUAAGCAUAUGCAGCACCAAAGAGAUCCAAAUCUCCUAGAUGUCUCGUUAUGAACGUACCCUUCUGUUUACGCACUGUUUGGUACACGGACACAGACACGAUACAAGUGUAUAGCCUUCGCAGAACAACCUUGUAAAAUUCACAAUUCGAACCAAUGUCUGUAUGUAUAAGCGUGUUAUAUCCUUGGUGUAUGUUUCAGUUACAGUAGUUUAUGAGCUUCGUCCACUUGCUCGCAGUAGCCUUGCAGCGCUGACGCUAUCACGAAGGUCUAAAGACAUCAAAGUUUCAUAAUAGAUGGGUAGGACAUACAAUGUAUGUCAAUUGGAAGAAAUCGAUCUAUGUGUACAGA